GGCUGUUCCGCCUUGCUCCCAGGCUGCAUGCCCCCGCCCCUCUGCGUAACCUGGCGUCACUCGUCACGUGACGUCUGGCAGUGCUGCGAGGGGUAGGCGGUGGGUGUCGCUCCCGCUGCCACGGUCUGCGCAGGGAUGAUUUCCGCCGAAUGAAGCUCACUGAGGCGUGAUGGCGAGGGCCUAGGGGAAGGCGCAGACAGGCCCGGACGCCGCCUGUAGCUGCCCUCGGCCUCCCGGCCUCUGCGCGCUUUCCUGCGCCGUUGCUAGGCAGCCGCCUCUGGGCGCGGGAGGCAGGGCGGGCUAAUGCGGAAAGGUACGGGUGCCGGGGAGGGGCUGUGAUUGCGGAGGGUCCGGGUGUCUGGCAGAGGGCUAUGGAGCAGUACUGCAUCCUGGGCCGCAUUGGGGAGGGCGCGCACGGCAUCGUCUUCAAGGCCAAGCACGUGGAGACUGGAGAGAUCGUUGCCCUCAAGAAGGUGGCCCUGCGGCGGCUGGAGGAUGGCAUCCCCAGCCAGGCCCUGCGGGAGAUCAAGGCCUUGCAGGAGAUCGAGGACAGUCAGUAUGUGGUACAGCUGAAGGCCGUGUUCCCGCAUGGCGCAGGCUUCGUGCUGGCCUUCGAGUUCAUGCUGUCAGAUCUGGCUGAGGUGGUGCGCCACGCCCAGAGGCCGCUGGCCCAGGCGCAGGUCAAGAGCUACCUGCAGAUGCUGCUCAAGGGGGUCGCCUUCUGCCAUGCCAACAACAUUGUGCAUCGAGACCUGAAACCAGCCAACCUGCUUAUCAGUGCCUCGGGCCAGCUCAAGAUAGCGGACUUUGGCCUUGCCCGGGUCUUUUCCCCAGAUGGCAGCCGUCUCUACACGCACCAGGUGGCCACCAGGUGGUACCGAGCCCCUGAGCUCCUGUAUGGUGCCCGCCAGUAUGAUCAGGGUGUCGACCUGUGGGCUGUGGGCUGCAUCCUGGGGGAGCUGUUGAACGGGUCCCCCCUUUUCCCAGGGGAGAAUGACAUUGAACAGCUUUGCUGUGUGCUUCGAAUCUUGGGCACCCCCAGUCCUCAAAUCUGGCCGGAGAUCAAGGACCUGCCUGACUACAACAAGAUCUCCUUCAAGGAGCAGGCUCCCGUGCCCCUGGAGGAGGUGCUGCCCGAUGCCUCUCCCCAGGCCUUGGACCUGCUGGGGCAUUUCCUCCUCUACCCUCCACGCCAGCGCAUUGCAGCCUCCCAGGCCCUCCUGCACCAGUACUUCUUCACAGCUCCCCUGCCUGCCCACCCCUCGGAGCUGCCGAUUCCUCAGCGCCCAGGGGGACCUGCCCUCAAGGCCCCCCCAGGACCCCCCCACAUCCAUGACUUCCACGUGGACCGGCCUCUCGAGGAGUCGCUGUUGAACCCAGAGCUGAUUCGGCCCUUCAUCCUGGAGGGCUGAGACGUUGGGCCAGGCCCCACCGGCGUGUCCCCCCCUUCCCUCCCCAGGACAAGCCAGGCCUCUUGUUCUUCUGCUCUGGCCUGAUUCGACCACAGUGGUCCUGCUCCUGGCCAGGCCAUCCAGCCUCAGCAGAGGGGACCCUCGGCCUGUGCUGUCGGCCUCCCAUCUGUGUGCUGGUAACAGAUCCAUCAGAAGGAGGCAGUGAGUUCCGCUGUCAUGCCUGCCAUGGGGCUGGUUCUCUAGUUGCUGCCUUCCUGGUCAGGGUCAGUCCUGGUAGAGCCAUUUGGGGGAGCGCUGAGUUUAGGAUGUCCUCAUGUCGGAAAUCCAAGUGGGAAGGAAAGUUUGGGUUGAUUUUGUUCUCAGAGACAUUAAACACUAGUUCACUUUUGAGAUUUAUUAUAAAACCCCCCGGUAGUUCUACGUGAUGUAUGCCCCUCUUCCUUUCCAGUUGAGGGAAGUGGCUGAGGUAGCAUCAUCCCCUGGCCCUUGCUUUCUCUGUGGUCAAUGGGAAAGUGGCCCCAUUCAUGGCUACUUUACUCUUGGGGGAUUGCUAGGUGCUUCAUGUGACAGAGCUCCCUUUUGGAGGUGAGUUGGCAGAAAUCAGGACCCAGGAAUGGCUCAAGUUGGGGACCCAAUAAGUGACCCUCCACACCUUAAGCUGGUUUACCAACAUCACCCUCAGGAUACGGGUGAGCCUGGACCACAUGGGCCUCCUCUUUACUCAGAGAUACUGGGCAAAUAAGAAGACAGACAUUCCUGGAACUCAUUUGUUAAUUCAGUAAAUCCCAAUACAAUCUGAA